UGCUCAGUCGAAUGAACAUUCCCUUUAAAGUACAAAGACAUGUACACGUAGCAGUAUGCUGUAUGGCUGCUAUAGUUCCGACUGUACAUUGAAAUUAAGACUGUGUCUUUUUAUUGCGGCUAAUUAUAUCAUAUUGAAGUGGAAGGACUGAUACUGUCUAGCAGCAGAAUUUUGAAAAAGCCAACGAGGUGGAGUCUGUACACGACAUGGCUGGUACACAGCAUGCUAACUUUAGGCAGAACUGCUGCACUGGAAGGUACCGACAACUCAUGGUGACGGGUGUGGUUGCCACCGUGAGCUUGUUGAUUAUCGGCGGAUACUAUCAAUGGGACGAAGUCACCCGUACAUCACGUUAUGAAGUGCUCACAGAAAGUAUCAAGAAGAUUCCUUUCACAUGGAGAAACGAAACACUAAGUCUCCUGUAUGGUAAAAGCCAUUGUGAUUGCUCCAGGGCUUCACAAAACCUGUGGAAGGCAGUCGACGAAAAGGACAGAGAUGCCACUAUCGAACGCCGGACAAAGGAGCUUGCAAAAUACAAUCGAAGAGUCGAGUCAUUCGAGGACACGCCGAUGAUAGUGGACGGGUCGGUUCCGCUCAGCUACCCGGUCCGUGGUCUGGCGGUGGUCCCAGAGGGAACUAUGCACAUUCCGGGGCUUGCUGUCCAGGAGAAAAUCAUCCGACAAAAAUAUGAAGUUCAACUAGAGACAGCCGACCUUGGUGUUCUGGACACCAUUGCGGAAGUAGGGCGGGUGCAGGUGGAAGGACUGCGCACCAAAUCUUUAACCAUUCGUAGCGAAAGCCUCUCGCGCCUGAAUCGACAGCUUCAGUUCGUCGUGUACACCAACACCGUGUACGACAUUGAUGCCACAGAAAUCAUUACCUUUAGGUACCUCGACCACACAGUCAGCAUUCCUCUCCGGAUACGAGUUCGCCGUGCUCCGUUCCUCUACGACCCAGGUCCAGAUAAUGACAUCAGUGCAAAGGUGACUGUCGUCACCAAAACGUUCCUCAGGUAUGCCUCCAUCCGGGCACUUCUUUCCAGCAUCCGGGAAUUCUACCCCAACAUCCGGGUAAUUGUGGCAGACGACAGUCGCCCGGUGGAAGAUCUUCAGGCAGAAAACGUCGACCAUUAUGUCAUGCCGUUUGCCGCAGGCUGGUUUGCUGGCAGGAAUUUGGCGGUCUCACAAGUCACCACACCCUACCUCUUAUGGGUAGAUGACGACUUCGUUUUUAUACCAGAGACUAAAUUAGAAAACCUUGUGGAGGUCCUUGAGAACACCAGGCUGGACUUGGUUGCUGGUACUGUGGGACAUAAUGGAAUAAAAUUCACCAAGAUGGACAUCGUCCCCGGCGAUGAGAACGGUGACUGUCUGCGCAUCCACGAUCUCCGGAACUGGGGCCAGGUGCCGGGAUUCCCGCAGUGCUAUCUGGCCACUAGGGUCACCAACUUUUUCCUGGCCAGGACGGACAGUGUCCGUGCCGUCGGGUUUGACCCUGUGUACACGAGAAGUGCGCACACACAAUUCUUCAUGGCAGCGAUUGGCAGACUGCGAAUUGCCGCAUGUGAUCACGUGAGAAUUGACCACGUCAGUAAUAAACCACCGGAGUACAAGAAGUUCCGCAAUGCCGGAGGAGACUACGAGAAAGUCAACCGACAGCGUCAAUAUUUCAAACAUAACAUUCAAUGUUGGAUUGAUCAUAAGAAUUUACCAUAA